AUGGCGUCACUACCGAUCAUGGCUGGACGAUUCAUUGCUAUCACUCUGCCUGCUGGUUCUAUAUUGCUAGCAAACACGUCAAUGGCUGACUCUGGAAAUGAUACUAUUGAUCCAUCUGAGUUACCAAUCUAUGAUGUGGAAGAAGCAUCCGUCAAAUACCCUAAACGAACGAAAUCAACAUUAGAAACUUACGUAUCGACUACAAGAAAAUCUGUUUAUGAUAUUACUAGGCAAUUGAUAGACAUAACGCAUGGAGUUAGGAAUUCUGUCACUAGUGCUAAGGAAAGAAUUACUUCUACGACACAAGAUAUCAUUAACAAAGAAGGCCUUCUGCCUCGGGUAGGACUGAUUGGAUUUGCAGGAUUAACAGGAUUUGUCAUAGCUGGUCGAAGGAAAGGAAUUUUUAGGCGCUUUUUCUAUCCAGUUGGCUUUUUAACCGUUUCGUCUAUGCUCUGUUACCCAGUUGAAACUGUCAAUAUUAGUAGAAGUACCUGGAGAUAUGCAAAGCAUUGGUAUAGCGGUGAUCCUAUUGAUGAAGUUCAGGAAAAAAAUGGUGACAGCCUACUAUCAAUUGCUAAUUCGAUAAAAACAACCGUUAAUAAGGGUCUCACUACAUUAUCAUCUUCGCUUAACUCUAAUGAUAAUAAGACUGCAAGCAAUUCAGAAAAUGAAGAAUUGGAGGAUACUGCCCCUGCGGUCAAAGAUAGCACUGAUAAUAUCGUUAAUGAAACUUCGGAAACUACUGAAAGCUUAGAAUUAAGUAAGGAUAAUUUACACCAAGAUAAUGAAGAAAAUCUGGAAGUUUCACAAACGAUUGAUGAUAGCAACAAAGAAUCAGAACUUGAACCUGAACCACCUGUUGACAAGAAAGAAACGGAGCCUAAAGUUACAGGUGAUUACGGGCAGUCAAGCCCAGAGGAUGACAAGAAAGAAAUGAAGCCUAAAAUUAUAGGAGAUUACGGGCAGUCGAGCCCAGAGGAUUCUGACAUGUAUACCACUCGCUAA